AUGGAUGUAAAAGUUUUAGGUAUGGCGCACAAUUGGCGCGAAUAGAAACGACGGCCGAAAAUCGUUUCAUCGGAUCUCUGCUCUCGAAACCAGGAAAAUCUUCAGAGCCGAGAGAAUUUUGGAUCGGUUCGUGUUGUUUCCCUUUUUCUUGAAAUUUUUUGAACUCGCCAUAAAAAAGAAAUUUAAGGGCUACUCGCCCAUGAGGACUCUGAAGAUGCUCACUUCGUUUGGAGCGACGGCACGCCAACAAGUCGGUAUAUUGGCUUCUGGGCACCUGAACAACCUGACUUCCUCAAUGGAAGCUGCACUUUGGUACUUUUCUCAUGUGAACCAGAGAACCGAGAAAAACAUUUCAGGGUACGGUUGACAAAAAAGACCUCGAAUGGCGGUUGGAGACGUGUAACUUGCUGAGAAGAUUCGUCUGUGAACGGCCGGCUUGUGUGAAAGGUUUUGAAGAAAAUUAAUCCUAACCUAAAAAUCCAGAGGGACUCUUUAGAGGAUAUCCUAGGAACCCUUAAAAGUUGCCCUCUAGGGAUCACUGCAGCUUGCAAAAGUGUCCCCUAUAGAGAAAAUGCUAAUCGAUUAUUGUUUUAAACUCAAAAAAAUCAAUGAAUUAGCGUUGUUUGGAUGAAAAAAAGAUAAUGUAGGACCACGCGCCGACCCCAAAAGUCCGCAAUGCGCCGUCGCGUGUGUGCGACGUGCAUGAAGAAGCCGCUUUCUUUUGCGCCGAUUCCGUUUUUUUUCACUUAGCGCGGUUAUUUUCAACUUUUUUUUCCUUAACUCCAAUAGGGACAGAUCGCUAAGGCGUCCUUAAGAUUCAAAAAAAAAACCUUUCCCGUGUCUACACGAGAAACCCCUACCGUAAUCUGCACAAUUUAAAAAAAAAAUAAAAAUUCAACUUUUUAAAAGUUUUUAACUGAAUUUUUUUCAGGAUCCUUCUUCUGCUCAUCUGGAGGUUGUAUCCCAGAAUCCCAGAAAUGCAAUGGACAUCGAGAUUGCGAAGAUACCAGUGAUGAACUUAAUUGUCCAGGUUUUUUUUGGAUUUUUUUUUUUCAUUCGCUCAAUAUUUUCUUUUCAUGAAUAUUUUUUUUAACGAAGUUUAUUUUUUUUUAACUUUCAGGAUCACAUACUUCAUGCCUAACCUACGAAAAAGGAGAGUCCGGGAAAAUCUCUUCACCAAAUUAUCCCAAUUCUUACGAGCCGAACUUGAACUGUCGCCAUGUUAUCGAAGGGCCAAUAAAUACGAGAAUUGAGGUUUUCAUUGAAAAAUGUUUUUUAUUCAAUUAGAAGCCUUUCAGUUAACUUUGGAACACUUUGAAAGUGAGCAAAACUUUGACAUUUUGUCGAUUUUCGACGGCGGUCCAGCGGAAAACAGCACUAUUGGUUGGAUUAUAACCAGAAAAAUAGAAAUGAAAGUUUUUUUUCAGUUAUGGAGCAAUUAUCUGGAUCGAUUGAAACGCCGAAAACUUUGAUUUCUUCCACGAACAUGAUGAUUUUGCGAUUCCGAAGCGAUUCGCACAUGAACGCCAGGGGCUUCCAUGCUACUUGGAGAUCUGGUAUUUUGAUUUUUCUUUGUGUUUCAAAACUUCCCUUCUUCUCAUUAUUUCAGAAUAAAUCUUUGGUAUAAAAAAUGAGUCAGUUUUUAGUUGAAACUUUUGAAAAAACCAUUUUUUUAAUUUUUUUGUUUGUCGAUAUGGUUUUUUUCAUAAGAGGUCAUUAGGAGGAAGCUUUUUUUCUUAAAAUCCUAGUUCCAAAAAUUUUUUUCGAUUCAUACACAACUUGUUCCAUUUUUCAACUGAAAUUUGCUGUUCAUGAAUUUUUUGCGUUCAGUUCACAUAGGUUUUCAAAAUCCAAAAAACGGCCUUGUCUCGUCAUUUUUUUUUUGCUGCGUUAGUGGACGGCGAAUUGAUAGAUGCGGAAGCUUAGCGAUACUAUUUGACAUCGACUGACCAAACUCCUCACGCCUUUUGUUUACCGUCCCCUUGAUUUGUUUCCAUCAACCGAGGGAAUCUAUUUUUUCUUGGAUUUUUGAAAAGUUUGACUUAAACGAUUUCAAGCAGGGCAAUAUAGAAAUAAUGGAAAGAAUGAUUCGAAAAAUAUAAAAAUUGAUUUGUUUGAGGAAAAACCUUUUCCAUGCUGAGAAUUUUCCAUGCUAAAAAGUUGAAGUAGAGAGCCAUACAAAAAACCAAAUUUCAUGAACAUACGAAAAGAGUUCUGCAAAAUGAGACGAUAGCUUUGAACUUAUUAAAUUUAGGAUGGGUUCAUGGACUUACUUUUGACCCAUCACAUGUCAUUUAGCCCCUACCCGCUAGAAGUUACGAUACUAGCCAAUUCAAUCAAUUUUGAGACUCGAAACGGCCGUCCGAUUCAUAAAUCCUAUAGAAUCAACAAUAGAUCUCGAAAACCCAAACAUUAUGAAUAAAAUCUUGAACGAUUUUGGUCUUUCUCCUAAACGUUCAAGACUCAUUUCGGAAUUUUUUCAGUGCCGUUCUCCUGCGGAGGAAUUCUAACCGCUCAAGCCUAUGGCCAGACGUUCUCCUCGCCUUCCUACCCAAAGUCUUUCGCCAACGGCGCCGAGUGCGUCUGGACGAUUCAGACGAACCCCGGGCAGGUGGUUACGGUUUCCGUCGACGACUUCUCCCUGGCUGCCGACGACAAACUCGUCUUCUACGACGGUCCGACGCCUUCUUCUGUCGCUUUGGCUACGUGAGAAGGAUUCUCACGAAAGAAAAAACCAGGAAACUUUCAGAAUCUCUGGAAAUUUGACGAACAAGAUGCACGUGACGUCGACGCAAAACUUCAUGUACGUCUACAUGAUGACGAGAGUAGACUCGCGUGCCCGCGGAUUCUCCAUCUCCUACAAAAGAGGAUGUGAUGUGACGCUGAACGAGAAGAGCGGCGAGGUUGUCUCGCCUGGGAAUUUGAAGACGUCCUAUCCAAACUCGAUCGCCUGCACCUGGACCAUUGAGAUGGAAGAGUCGCUGGCGGAUAGGGUGAGUAGAAAAAAUGAAGUCUUGAGAAUGUUCCCUUGAUAUGGUCUGUGUGCCACAAUUUGAAAUUUCACCGAACGACAUUCCGCUAAUCCACUGCGUGCGUUCGCGAAGCGGUUUUCGAUCCUAGGCCAUGCUUUCAUUUGAAUGCUAUUGCUGUGGGAGCACAUGAAAGUAGAGUACCUCAAUGAAAAAAAAAAAUUAAAAGCGCGUAGUGGCACAGCGGAAUGUCGUUCGGUGAAAUUCCAAGACUUGGUACACAGACUAUAACUCCACCUGGAAUUCCAGGCCCUGAGCAUCGUCUCCAAUCGUUUCGAUGUUGGCGCAGAUGACUUCCUGAAAGUUUACGAGAACUCGGUGAAAGGCAAAGAGCUCCACGAAGCGGACGGCUUUUCCCUGACUCGCAAGCCUCCGAAGCAGCUUGUUUCACGUGUUGGAAGGAUGCAGGUAUAGCUUCCCACCAUUGACUUGGAUUUUUUUUUAAGUUCAGCUUGUUUUCAAAUCAAACGCGGCACGAAACGCGAAUGGCUUCAAUUUCACUUAUUCAAUAGGUGAAAAUCAUGAUUUCUUCUGUUUUUCAAUUUUUGUUCAGAUUGUCCCAAUCUGAAAGUACCGCCAAUGGUGACACUGUCCAGCAAGGCGACAACCUACCUCAGCAAGGUGGUUUCUUUUUGGAUUCUCAUUGUCCUUUUGAAAUCUUCAGGUCAAAGCAGCUUGUCCGAUCGGCUUCGAGUUCACUUCGGGUGAAGGAACUUCCAAAGAGCUUGAGUGCCUACUUGGCGGCAUCUGGUCGCAAUCUACUGUUUCUUCUUGUCAACGUAGCUCUCAAUUCACUUGAAAAGUAUCAACAGUUUUUCAGCCAUUUUCUGCGGCGCUGUACCGCAAAUCGCCAACGGUUACGCUGUUUCGGCUACCAAUGUCACGUUUGGCGGCGUCGCUAAAUAUUCGUGCUACAAAGGUGCGAAAACAAUCAAAAAAUAGACUUAGGAUUGAAAAAAGUCCUGGGAAAUAGACUCACAAACCAAAAAAAGAACGGAAUUUAUUUUAAAAAGGACGAUUUUUAUGGCCUAGUAUUUUAAUUGUUCAAAUUAUUUUUUUCCUAGCAAAAUUGAAGACGUUAACCCGGAUUAUUGGUUGGAAGAUUUUUUGAAAAUUUUCAAAUGUGUUUUUCCUGUUUUUUUACAUUUAAAAAAAGUUUUAUGUAAAAAAAGAGAUUUUUUUAGGAUUCGCAUUUGCUAGCGGGAAAAGCGUGGAAGUUGUACAGUGCACGAAUGAAGGUCACUGGACGCCGCCGCCGCAGUGCAAAGGUUCGUUUUCAUUUUUAUUUUGUGAGAGCAGAAAAAGAGAGAGAUAAAGUUUGGGUUUUUCUGUUUUUUGUAAGUUAAUUCAAGUUGAAAAUCACCUUUCCAAGCCUUGGAAACACCCUUAGAAAUCUCUAAUUGGUUCAUUUUUGUUUUGAAACUAUGAAAGAAAGAUGUGACCAGCCAAUCAGAAACCUUUUUGAUGUAAAAAAUUUUUGGAUUUGACAGUCUAGAUGUUAAGGCAGUAAAAACUUCAAAGUUAUCUUUGACCAACAAUAAAAAAAUUGUAAACACUCCUUUCAACCUCAUGUGCUUUUAUCCGCCUUUUUUGACCAUUGUCGGAUGAUUUUGAAACUUUGAAACUUUGAAACUUUGAAACUUUUAUUCAGUCUUCAGAGAAGGUUUCUCUGCUGAAUCAUUCUUUCGAACCGACAAACAGCUCUUCAAUGAUUCCAUGAUUCAGCAGAGAUGAUUUUGAGCGCCGCAAUAAUUUUAAAAACCUUUAAUGCGGGUCAGUUGCACCCGUUGGGCUAUUACGUCAUAAUUUUGCAAAACGGGUGCUACUUCCGGUCAUCCAAUAUUUUUUAAGGCAUAGGGGCAAAUCCGAAAAUUGGCGAUUCCUGUUGUCCAUAGAGCAACUUUACUGCAAAGCGCCCUUUUAGCGGGAACUCAAUUUUUCUCCGACUUUGAAUUGUUUUUUUUCUCAAAAACUAGGAAUUUUGGUACAAUCACAAGUUCACCGUUCGAUUCGCAAUGAAAAGCUCUACAAAGUACUGCUUUGGACUGAAACACCGUUGUUUACUGUCCCGAUGCCUUGAACGUUUCGGGUGAUCCGCUGAAUCUAAAUGCGAGAUCAUUUUACGUAGAUGCGCUGGACUUGAACUGAAUCUAAAAAUUGCGUUCCGAGUCGGGGUUAAACGGAAGAACGACGGUGGCAUCUGCGGGAGCUACUUGCCCUCUUAAGAGAAGACAAAAAAAAAGCUUUUGUUUCCAGCCGCCACCUGCCAGCCGCUAGCAACUUUCUCCAAUGGCGAGCGUCAGUUGGAGUUUGGUGACGGAACGGGCUACGGCACCGUCUUCCGAUACUCGUGCCACAGUGGCUACCGACGUGAAGGCGUUGAGACGACCCUCUGCAAGGCUGAUGGCACCUGGUCGACGGUGCAGCCUACCUGCAAAAGUAUAAUGUUGAGAUGGUUUCUUAAAACAAGGAAGAAUGUUCAGAAAUGUCUUGUAAGAAUCUGCCGAAGAUUUCCAAUGCCCGAAUCGAGCUGCCACAUCGGUUUUUGUACGGCGACGUGGCUCGCGUCGUUUGUGAUCCAGGAUUUGUUAUUGACGGUCCUGAAGAGGUAGGGGCAAAAGUCCUUGAAAUACUUAGGAGUUUUUUUUAAUUCGUUAAACUGAAUAAGAGGAACUAGCAAAUUGAGUAAUUUGAUUCAUUAAUUAUGUAUUUUGUGUGAGCUUGUGUAGGCCAACUUUUACAGUUUGAUAUAGUCGAUUCACGGCUAGCUUGAGACGCAAAGGGGCGUGGUCUGUCUGCGCUCUCCACCGAUCAGCACUGUCUCACUUUUCUUCGUGUCAGGACCUUUUUUUCAAUGGCCCAAGCCAGCUGUGAUUCUGCUCUGCUAUAAAAACAACGCCUCGUGUUGACUGAUUUUGCUUCUCUUUUUUUUUUGAAUUUUUCGUAGAUUUCUUUUUUCUCUUUUAAUUUUUGGUAGAUUAUUUUUGGUAAUAAAAACAGAUCAGAGACAUUGAAACUUAAAAUUCAAGUUCUCUAUUCCAUUUUCAAACUUAAGGUCCGCUGCCUUGCCAAUCAGUCACUGUCCUCGGUGCCAACCUGUGUUGACGUGAACGAGUGUGAAAACGGCUUAGCUCAGUGCCAGAACAUUGGCACGAAAUGCGUCAACGUCCCCGGGUCCUACGUUUGCGAAUGCGUCGCUGGCUUCCAGCCACAGCUUGGUACUUAUCAGAACCCGUUUUCCUUCAUUCUUAAGUUUUUCAGCUUGUACUGACGCUUCUCCAGUCGUCGCCAAGUCGGUGUCAACGUCUUCUGGCGAUAUCUCCACCACGCAGACUUCCUCUAUUCAGUGGUGUGCUGGAGCCGCCGACAAAAACAAGACCAUAACUAUGAAUUUCGCUAUCCCGAUGGUUUUCGAGAAGAUUCGGUUGGUGAAAAUAUUCAGAAUGAAAAAAAAACUUUUUCCAGAUUGGAAAAAUCGUCGCGAGGAAAGAUUCGGGCGAUCAGUGUGAAAUACGGAGAAUCGGCCCUGUCGCGGACGAAAAAACUCACUUUGGAUGGCCAAUCGGUAUCGAACUUGAAAAUCCUGAAUAAACCCUGGAAAUUAUCCAGGUCUUUGAAGUUGACCCUGAUAACGACGUGGCCACAUUGCCAAUCGCCAUCGAGGCAAAAGUCUUGGAAAUUUUUGUGGUCGAUUUUGAUGGGGAACUUUGUACAAAGGUUUUUUGAACAUUUCGAAAAAACCGAAAAAUUUCCGUUUUCAGAUCGACGUGAUUGGAUGCCAAAGAACAUCUUGUGCUGACGUCAACGAGUGCCUGAAGGAGAAUGGCUAUUGCGACCACACUUGCAUCAAUACUCAGGGCUCCUAUAAGGUAACUUUUUGAUCUGAACGUGCUUUACAAAAAAAAAAAAACGAAACCAAAAACACGGGGCGGAGUCGGAACCUUAGCCGUUCCCAUGUUACGUCAUGGGGCAAGAAAAAAAGGGAAUAUUGAAGGCGCAUGCAACAUCAACUGCAUGGGUCGUGAGACGAAUCGACUUUUCACAAAAAAGACGAUAUUUUCUGUGACAGAGCGUCGCAGUGCAUGCACACGACACACGACACUUUACGGAAAAAAGUGGGCGGGGCGUCGUUAAAAAUAUCGUGAUUCAACAAAAUUCCUUCUCUUUAUGGGGAAAAAUUAUGUCAUGCGACUGUUCAUUAAUUGAGCGGCGAAGUUCGAUAAAUUAAGAGGAUUAUUGAAAAAAUUAACGUGCAGCCGUCUUGGAUGUUUAAAAUUGAUGGCUUCGAAAGCAUCGUCAAAUUUUUUGUUCUUUGCAUUAAUUUGAAAAAAUAUUUAUCAUCUUUAUUUUUUGUAAGGAUUGCACCGGCCUUAGCUGACUAACACUUUUCAUGGAAUGUUUUUAGUUUGAUCAAUUUUUUCCCUGAAAUUUUCAGUGCGCCUGCCGAGCUGGCUACGAUUUGUUCGUAGAAAACGGCCAAAACGGUGUCAACGUCUCAGAAAAGGAAACUGGAUAUAAUAAUUUGGACGUUGUUAGGUAAUAUCAUCGCAAAUAGAAUUUUCACCUUGAAAAAUAAUCUCUAGAUUCAACAAAACGUGUGUCGCGCGGACCUGCUCCAAAAUCGAAGCACCCGAAAAUGGAGUUUUGCUCUCUACGGCUCAAAACUUCCAUUUUCCAAUGGUUAUCAAGUUCCAGUGCGAUUUUGGCUAUCAGGUUGAUUGGUCGGAUUACAAUAUAAGGAAGAAGUUUGACUUCAGAUGAUGGGACCAGACUACAUUCAAUGUCUUGCUGACGGCACCUGGAAUGGCACCGCUCCGUUUUGCCUUCGUAGGGGAUUUUCUUUUUCAUUUGAAACACUAAAUCGAAGUUCAAAAAUUCUUCAGAGUAACGCUUAAGCGUUAGAAAAAAAAUUGAUCGAGCUGAAUAUUUUUUUUCAGUAUUUCUUGGUUUUUUAUAAUUCGUCAGACUUUUAAAUUUUUUUGAGCUCCUAAGUCUAUGAUUAUGAAAUGAGAACCGGACUUGACAAUUCGUUUUUUUUUUCGAAAGUGUGAACCGCUUCAAAGCCGUUAUAGCCUGUGUGCCACGACUUGAAAUUUCACCGAACGACAUUCCGCUGUUCCGCCUCUUUUUGGAAAAAUAAAAACAUGUUUCAGCGGCGACCUGCCAAGGCGUCGCCAACGUCAGCGCCAUCGGACUUGUAGUAACACCUGGAAAUACGACGGUAGCCUUCAAGCAAAACGUCACACUUUCCUGUACUCAAUCCAGUCGGCCUGGUUCUCCGGAAUCAUCAAUUUGUAUCCUCAUCGAUGUAUUUCCAGCGAGGAACACCCCACUUGCCGCCUACCGCCAGUGCAUCUUCGAUCCGCAGCCGGACGGACGUGACUAUUGGCUCUCUGGUCCGCCCGCCGAGUGUCCAUUCAUCGAAUGUCCUGCCCCGCCGGUCAUGCCUGGGGCUGUUUAUCAAGGCGAUGUCAAGAACAGGAAGGUUAGAGAAUAUGCAUUACGGAAGCACUGACAAGUGAACUUUUUUUUGGACUCCGGUUGAACUUUUGAGGAAACUUGGCUGGGCUGGAAUGCACUUCAGAACCUAAUACUUCCAUAAAAAGUGAAACAAAAUUUUCUCAAUAGAUUUUCUUCUCGAUUGAUAAUGCCUUUAUAAUUCGCAAAUUACACAAAUAAACGAAUAAUGAAAGAAAUCGUUAUUUGAGAAGACGUUUGAAGCUUCAUUACUCGGAAACGAGAUCCGUUUUGAAAAAUUUCCCCUUCUUCUGGAAUUAGGGCGUCCAGAAGUGCAUAUCAGCCAGGUUUUAUCGAAAGUUCAACCGAGGAUCAAAAAACGUUUCCUUGGGAGAACUUUUUCAGGACAACUUUUCUGCUUGGUUAGUACAUGUAAAUCUUACAAAGAUUUCACUGAAAGAAAGAUGAUUGGAAUCAUGAAAAAACUAUUGAAAAAAAAUAUCGAAUUGAAAAAGGCGGAAGGCAGAUAGCUGCUCAUCUCUAGCGUCAGUGUCUCGAUUUUUGAAAAUCAAAAAUGUCAGGUCGGCGCCGCCUUGGAGUUCACGUGUCGUCAGCCAUACUCGGCCGUCGGCAAGUCUUCUCAAGAGGAUGAGAUCAUUCGUUGCUCCCCGGACGCCACUUGGGACCUCGGCGAUCUCCGUUGUGAAGGUUCCACCGUCCGUGUUUUCGAAAAUUCUUCUCUUUGCAGGCCCCGUUUGCGUCGACCCAGGCUUCCCCCACGACGGCAACGUCGAGCUGAGCAGCGUCGAAGAGGGCGCCGUCGCCAAAUUCUCCUGCAAACGACCCGGCUUCCGGCCAUUCCCGACAGACUCCCUACAAUGUACCCUUGGCGCCGCUUGUGUCCUGUCGGAAGACGUCGGCAUUUCGACCGGAUUCGUGCCCGAUGGAGCUUUCUCGGACAAUUCUGACUCCACCAAUGUUGGAUACGAACCCCAUAAGGUAGAUCGGGUUGAAAAAAAAAAAACAGAAAGUACCCAUUAGGCCAAAUUUUUUUGAAAUGCAAAUUUUUGAAUCAAAUAAUCAGUAGAAACUGCCGUGGAGCUAUCAGAAAGUGUGCUCUACGGAAAGUUUUCUGAAAAGAGAAUUUUUAGUUCAAGCAUUUUUCGAAUUUCUCGAACCUCGGAGCUUUUUUAGUGUCCACUUUAGUAGCGCCACCACUUUUAAGUGAUCCCUAGAACUGCUCAGAAAAGUCUAGAGCAAGUCUGGUUUUCGUUACCGAGGUCAAUAUCCAUGAAGAAAAAGAUGCUUCUGACACAUGCGGUCAUUUUUUACAGGGUAAUGAAUUCAUCCUUGGGGCUAUUUUAAAUUUGUCUCCAUGACUUUCCCUUCAUUGAACUUUCAUUUUCUAGGCUCGUUUGGGUUCCACCGGCUGGUGCGGCUCCAAGGACGCCUUCAUCUUCUUGAGCGUCGAUUUGCAACGGUAAUUCAAAUCACUUCUCUUCAAAAUGAAGUAUUUUCUCAGAGUUUACACCUUGACGACGUUGAGAAUGUCUGGCGUGGCCGGCAGUGGACACCUCCGGGGUCACGUCACUAAAAUGCAGCUCUUCUACAAGACUCAGUUCACUCAGAACUAUGAUACCUAUCCGGUGGUGAGGAUUUUUCCUGAUAAACAGGAGUUAAAAGGAUUUUAUGUUAUGUAAGAAUCUUGCGCUAGCGGUUUACAUUAUGGACUUUGGAAUAGGAUAAUUCUGAACAGGAAACCUGAAAUUAAUCUGGUUUUUUUUGAAUUACUAUCGACUUUUGAAAGCUAAAAAAGAGUUGCUUUAUUUUUUGAUGUCGUUCAGAUAUUUUUUCCAAAAUAAUGGACAGAUUCUCUAAAUAAAUAUACUCAAAUUCUCCUUCUAGGAAUUCGAAACACCGUCUGGAAAUCACAACGCCAUGCAUCAGUUUGAAUUGAAGCCGCCACUCAGGUUUUUUUUCUUUUGAUGAAAAUGCAAAAAAUAAUUUUCCAGAGCUCGAUAUAUUCUCUUGGGAGUGACGGAAUACGAAGGAAGUCCUUGUAUGAAAUUCGACAUGCUCGGAUGUUUGGCUCCCGUUUCGCAGAUGCACGAAAUCGCAACACAUCUACAGGUUGAAAAAAGUCAAGAAUUCACCUCGAAUCUCUGAAAGUUCAGGUUGGUUGGAAUGGAUCCGUUCCUGAGUGCGUCGACAUGGAACCGCCAAAGUUCCUGAACUGUCCGGCUGAGCCGAUUUUUGUCAAAACUGAUGCCAACGGCCAACUUCUUCCGGUUGAGUUCAAAGAGCCCGAGCCUGUGGACAAUAGUGGGAAGGUAUGAAUCUAGUUCAGUUUAGGGAUAAAAAAAAACAGUGGUUCGAAUUUAAGAGACUUUUUUUUACUGGUUCCAAAAAUAUAUACAAAAAGGUCCUAUCCUUAUUGAACGGUCCAAAAACCGUUUUUUCGAUGGAAUUCUUGUAGGAAAAGUGCUAGGAUAAUAAAGGUUUGCCUAGGGGGGUUAUUUUGUACUCUGAAUCGAAUGGCACUCACAGAUUUUUCAUUUCUUUCCGCAUUCUACCGGAAAGUCCAAAAUCAAGGCGGGUCCUAUCCUUAUUGAACGCAGUGUAUAAAGGAAACUCACUGAGCAAAAGAUUCCUUGCAAAAUUUUCAUAAAACUUGCCGUUUCAUUUUUAUAAAUAGGCUUUCGAUGACUAAAGCGAGUAUUUUGAGUUAUCGUCCAAGUAAAAGCGUUUCUGAGCACAUCUGACAAAAUUUUCCUUCAUUUAGAUCGCCUAUGUUCGAGUUGAGCCAACCGGAAUGCGUUCUGGACUGUUGCUGAACAGCGACACCGACGUCGUCUACACGGCCUUUGACAGCACCGGAAACACGGCCGUCUGUUCGAUGUCGAUCAGAAUUCCUGGUAUCUUCAUUCAAAAAAAAAAAAAAAAAAUAGAAACAUUUUUUCCCAGACACCCAGCCGCCAGUCAUGAAAUGUCCUGAAUCUUCGUCUAUUCCGGCCAAAGAAUCCAGCACCCAUCUGGUCUUCGAUCAGUCGACUGUCGCUUUGGUCGUUCAGGACGCCUCCAAGAUUACUAAUGUUUGAAAAAUAAAGUCGAUUUUCUUCGUAUCCUUAAGUUUUAGGUCACUUUCUCCCCACGGGAGGCGAUCCUUCGUGUUGGUGAGUUUGUCGAGGUCGAAGUGUCGGCUGAAGAUGAGCACGCCAAUCGGAAUACGUGCAGGUUCCAGAUUGCCUAUGUUGGUGAGUUGAAUGGGAGAACGAUAUUUUAUAUAUUCAUACACCGUUGACUCUAAACGAAAAUUUGGGUAAAGGUCUCGAGGCGAAAAACCGCCUUGAUGUGACUUCUGCUCCUCUCAGCAAGUUCUUGUUUUUGAUGAUAGUUUUUUUUUAUGAACUCCGAAAAUAUCUCAUUUCCUGAUUACGUUUUUCUAACUCGCCUUUGCACCUGGCCUUUCCGGCUUUUGGCAAGAAUGACGGUCAAUUAGAGAAUAACUUUGUAUAUCUGUAUAUCGAACUUUGAUUGAGAUUCGUUGAUUUUUUUUAGCUUUUUUUUACAGUAUUUUCAAUAAGAUAACAUCUCUAAUACGUAAAAAUUGGCACAUGACGUCAUGCGAACAGCAGAUCGGCUCUAAGAGCGUAAAUAAGAAGGCAUAUUAAAGGCGCAGGCCGCAUUGCCUGAGGUCUUUGAGACGAAUCGAAUUAAAAAAACAGUUUUUCUGCGCGAAAGCACUGCCGUGUAUGCACACGAUACAUUACACUUUACGAAAAAAGGGCGUGGCUUUGUCGAAUAAACUCCGUGCGUAUUUCAAGAUGUUUACUUUACAAUAAGGGAUAUAAUAAUAGUACUUGAGCGAAACAAUGAUAUCAAGUCACCAAGUGAACAAUUUCAACCUUAUGUAUUAUAAGAUUUUUCAAAUGAGGAAGUUUUUUCCAGCCGAAGCCUGCUCGCCGGCGUCUCUGACCUCCAGUAAGCAUACGCUGAAGCGAUGUGUUCACAAGGACUCGACUGUCGUGUGCAGUGUUACUUGUGACGCCGGCUACCGAUUCGUGGAUUCUGACGAGGUCUGCUUCAGUUUGAAAAGGUUUCGAGAAAAAAAAAACUUCGAACUUCAGGUCGACCAAAAUUUCAUCUGCCAGGACGGCCGCUGGUCUCCGAGAAACAAUGCGCCCGCUUGUAUUCCUAUCGGUAUUCAUUCAAGAGCAGAAAAAGAAGAAAAUACAUAUUUAGUGGAAGAACCGGCUGGAUACCACGUCAACGUUGGAAUUUCCUACCCCGUUGAUUCUCCACUGCCUGAUCAUUGCUUGAAGGUGAUUGGAUAGUUUUUUUCAUUAUUUAAACUAACUUAGUCGUUCAAUUUGAAAGAAAAAAAUGUUCUUAUAAGAUCCUUUUUUUAAAUUCAUUCUUGUCUUUUAAUAUAGCCGUGAACUUGGGACCCUAGGGUGGGCGUGGCCUGUCUGCGCCCUCCACCAACCAGGCACUGUCUCUUCUUUAAUCGUGUCAGGACCCUGCCGUGAAUCAUCUAUACACUGAUAUUUUCUCUCUGAAUAGCUUUGCGGUCGAUUUUCAAAAAGUGCCUUUCUGAAAAAACACGAAAUAUUCAGAGCGUGCGCAAUACUGAAACCUUUUCUGAAGGUAUUAGGAUCAUUUUGAAGCGUCUUUUGCGAUUUUCGCAUCAUUUUCAAAGCCUCUUUCAAAUCCCGAGGAACUGAGCUUCUGAAGCGUUCGUGAUAACGCCACUUUUUUCGAAAAAUCUAGGAAUAAGCGCGAAAAACUUUCAAAAGCUUUUGGGGCAGUUUAAAAACUAUCUAAAGGUCUCUGGGUCAGCGCAGCUUCUUACAAAAAUUUGCGACAUCGCAAACGUUCUGCUAUGAGAAUUCGCGACGAUGAUAACCUUUUCUAAUGACCUUUGGAAUAAUUUCUUCAAAAUCUUGUGCGACCGUUUGAAAGGUAUCUAAAGGCCUCUGGGGCAGCGCGUAGUAUCUUAUAAAGCAAGAGAAUCACUGAAAAGAUCUUCUAAAGGUCAGGUUAAAAUCAAUCCUAAGUUGUUCGCGACACAGCCCGUCUUUUCGGAAAGCUUUAGAGAGAGCUUUCGGGGAAGUUGUAAACUUCUAAAAAGAUCUAAGGAGUCACGUCGCUCGAAAAACGUCCUCUGAAUGCCUUCAAAGCAAUGCACGAUAUGUUUCAGGGCUACGCCGAACUCACUUCCAAGUACUUUGACCAACUCGACAAGGUGCUCAGCGAGAGGUGCUCCAGCUCCGUUCAAGUCUUUGUUCGGUUGCUCCAGUCGGAAUUCGUCAACCAACAUAAAUUUGUAAGACUUGAGCACAUGAAAAAAUGUUUCAUUCAUUUUUGUUAGGUCAACGGAAACUACACCGUUCAAGUGCUGCCGUCCGUUCUGCAAGGAGUUUUCUACGAUUUGUGUGGACUCACUUUGAGAACCAUUUUCGACUUGAGAAUCCCAGGUGCGUGAAAUAUCGGAAAAUUCAUGCUAAAUUGUGUUCAGGAGCUACGGCACCCAUUAAGAGUCUUCUGACCCUGGAUGGAGGCGCCAUCACUUCUCAAGCUAUUGGAUGCCCCACCAUUACUGCUACCGCGUACUUUAUUCACUUUAAAACAUAAAUAUACAUUGAUUUUCAGGUCCACUGUGAGCCAAGGCUUCGCCUGUGGCGAUGGAGAAGUUCUCCGACAGGAGGCAAAAGAUAAACUGCCUGAAUGCAGUGAGCAAUCAUUUUAGUAAAAAUAUUCAGUGUACAGAUAGUUGAAAUUUAUUCUUUUAAGAUAGUAUAUAGCUGAUUCACGGCUGGCUUAAUCCAUCGAAAAAAUGGUCCUGACACGAUAAUGCACGAGAUAGCGCCUUUCUCGUGGAGAGAGCAGACAGUACACGCCCCCUUAGCGUCCCAAGCUAGCCGUAAAUCAGCUAUACCUAACGCAUUUCAAUUUUCCUGGGUAACUGGCGUAAGCUAGUAGGUGGUCCUUUAUUAGAAAACGCUGAAAAAUAGCUACCCAUUUCGCAUACAAAUUUCAGGUAGGAUAGUGAUAGUAUCCAGAUACCUAUCCGGUACCAUACAGGUACCAUCUCUAUGGUAUCUGUUAGCCAAUAAAAGACCGCCUACAGUCUGUUCAGAUUUUUAAUGUCAAGUACAAUGACGUCAUUCAAAAACGCUCUGUGGAUGGCUCGCUCUCUGAUUGGUUUAUCGCACCAUUAGGGACGGAGCUUGAGCGACGACUUGACAUUCAAAAUCUGAACAGACUAUAUUAGCUUACGGUGAACGGUUUUCAAGUAGUUACCCGGUCGCUACUUUCAUCUUUCCCUCCCCCUCUGCUUUUAAGAAGUGUUAAGAUUCUAACUUUUUUUUGGUUGUGAAAGUACCUUAUCAAGCUCUCUUUCUACCGAAAUAAAAUCUAUUUCAGUGGCUUGCCCCGUCGGCUCGGUCAACGUCAACAACACCUGUAUCCUGUGUCCGAGAGGCUCUUAUCAAGAUUUUGCUGGACAGACGGCUUGCAAGGUUGAAAACCCAUCAAAUUUCGAGUCUCAAUUUUGACGUUUUUAGGCCUGCCCUGACGGCUCCUACACGUUGGAUGAUGGCGCUCACAGUAUCGCCAGUUGCUUGGGUCCGUUUUGAGUGGAUUUAUCAUAGAUUUUCCAGCAUAACUUUCUUGAAUAAUGACGAUUUUAAAUGCACAUACCAAUUAUAUGAAGUUCAAAAAUUUUAGUUACAUUUUUGAUCAUGAUCAAAUUUUAUACCUGUUUGAAAGACCACAAGGUGAAUUUACCAACCUCACUAAAAAUUUUGGGGACUCUUAAAUUUUUUGAACAUUCAUUCUAGCACUCUGGAAGUUAUUAUUGACCAAAAAUAUUUUUUCGACCCGUCUCAAAAUUUUUUUUUUAUUAAACUUUUCUAUGGACCCCAACAAGAAUCUCCGGAUAGAUUUGGAGCUGAGCUCUCCUGGUCUAUUUUUUUUUUACAAACUCGUUGGUUUUUAGCGGUUUGUGGAAACGGUAUGUACAGCGAAACGGGCUUGAUUCCUUGUCAAUUGUGUCCACGGCAUACUUUCUCUGGACCUGCGCCGAUCGGUUAGUUUUGAAGUAGUUUUCAGCUCAAGGACAGUAUUUUCGUUCAAUAAGUCAGCUCAGGAGGCUUCAAAGAGUGCUCGUCGUGUCCAUCCGGAGCCUACACUUCGAAACUUGGCGCCUCGGCGGCUUCCGAGUGCAGAUUGGCUUGUAAACCGGGUACCUACAGCAUCACUGGCCUGGAACCAUGCUCCCUGUGCCCAAUGCAUCAUUAUCAGUCGAGUGUUGGACAGCAGAGGUUAGGUUCUUCCUUUGAGCACAGCCCCCCCUAGUUUUUUUAGAAGCCUUUUUAUUUCCAGUUUGGUUUUUUUCACAUUUAAAGCAUUGGAUUCCCGAUUUCCAGAUGUCUUGAAUGUGCGAACAGUACGGCGACGCAAAACGAAGGCGAAACCAGCGAAUCGGCCUGCCUUCCAAUUGAUUGUUCGGCGAAAAUCUGCGAGAAUCAAGUUGGAAAAACUGGAAGAAAUUUGGGAAAAUUAUGUUUAAGGCCGGAUGUACGAUUUUAAUGCACAGAGCCCAGUGCGACUGUAAGCCGGGAUAUGUCGGAGAGCGGUGUGAGGUCCGUUGAGUUUUAACUACAAUAAAGACCCACAAAAAAUUUAGAUAAAUUAUAUAAAUCUUUACAAACUGUCAGAAGUCAUUCGAUUUGUUUUUCUAACGUUGUGAUUCAAAAAAAAAGAGGAUGCGCAUUCAGUAAACUUGACACGUAAAAAGGAAAAAACUAGUUUAUUGUCUUGAAAUUUCCUGAAACUCGACUAGAACACUUAUUAAAGUACCAAAAAAAGAAAAUCUCGACCUGCACAAUUCCUUAGCUCCUGAGAAAAGAGGGCUCCAGAAAAAAAAAACACUGAUUUUUAGGGUUGUCUUCAACCUUAAGGUGUACUUUUUCAAAAAAUGAGAAGUUGUGCAGGUUCGGGGUUUCAAGACGUUUAUGGUACAUCAAAGAGUGUUCAAGCCAAUUUCCAGAAAAUUAACAACCGCGAAGUAAAAUGAAUUUACGUUCAAGGUUGCAAGGAAUUGUGGGAAUAUCUUUGUCGCCUAUAUUUAAUAAGCAGAAUUUUUUGAAUGAAAUUACAACCGAUUGGAAAAUUCAAGAAUACGGAGGACAUGUGCGCGACGCAGCCGUGCUUCAACGGCGGAAGCUGCCAGCAAAUCUCCGGAUCCUACCGCUGUAUUUGCCCUCAACGUUGGUUUCAUUCUCAUUCUUUGUUUUCAAAUUCAAGAAUAAUUCAAUUUUACAAUCAUGUUUCAGAUUAUACCGGCGCUAGAUGUCAGUUUGAAACGGAUGAAUGCGUUGGGGUGACUUGUCCAAAUGGAGGCGUCUGUCAUGAUUUACCGGGUUUCGGAACGACCGAGUGUCUUUGUCGGUGAGUUUAAAAUCAACUUUAAAACUUCUAUAAUUUGCUCAUCUUUUUUCCUAACAAGCUGAUUAAAUCUCAAUUUUCAAUUUGAUUGAAUCUUCAGCCUUUUAUUUUUUUAUUUUCAUAGUCGCAUUUUUCGAAAAAUGGUGAAAAUAUCAUUUUGAAUGUGCGCCACGACUUGAAACGGCAAGGUGUAAUUUUGCGAUAAAUAGGCGCUAAAAAUGGCCUACAAACGUGUCUUGUGACACUAGACUGUGACUCGAAGGGUAUAAGUUGCAGCUCAUAACUGAAUAAACUAUUCAGAACCGGCUUCUCCGGUCCUCAAUGUGACGAAGUCUCGGACGUUUGUUCAUUGGAGAACCCUUGCCGAAACGGCGCCCGAUGCAUCGCCUCGCAGUUGGGACGGUUCAAGUGUCAAUGUGUGCCGGGCUGGGAAGGACCGACUUGCGAGCAGAAUAUCGGUAUAGCUUUUAUUAAAUUGAAGAAAAACAAAUGA